CCCAUGGUAACGGGAGCCGCUAAGUCGGGUGAGUGAGAGGCUCGAGCGAGGCAGGAGGAAUCGCUGCGGGCGCCCGAAUCUCCGCGCUUCCCGGGACGGGGCCGGGCCACCCGCCAAUCAGGGACCAGCACGGGUUGCCAUGGAGACUGGAAGAUGGCCUUGGCAUUUCAUUCUCCCCAUCUGGUGCAUCCUAGCCUCCGAUGUGACGUCACCCCAUAGGCUUCCCCUCCCACUGGCGCUGGGUGGCCAGGCCCCGUUGGAGGGGGCAUCGCACCGCCCUAGUUGGAAGCAGGUUUGUGACUGCAACAGAGGGGAGAAUAAAAGAGGGCAUGGGAGAUUCCAGCCAGUCCCUCAAACACUACAGUAACUCUUCAAGGGUCAAGACUUCAAUGGAUUAGCUAUAUUUAAGGUUUCAUAAUGUCUUCCCAGGACGGAAGAAGAGCAGUGCCAGCUGUCCCAAAAGGAACUGGUUUCUGGCAUUCUCCAGGGACAACUCAUUAUGGCCAAGAAACAAAAGAACUGCUUAAAGUGAUGAUGGAGGAAUCCAAACUUACCAAUUUCCAGCAACGCCACCUCAUGGACUGCAUGAAACGAGGUGUUUCCCUGCCCACUCACUGCAACCCAACAUCCAGCAAAGAACCACAGCUUGUGCAGCCUGCACCCUCUACACCAAAGCCUUGUCUUUCAGUCACUCUGUUGGCCAGACCUCAUCUCCGACCUGCUGAGAUCUGCCGGGCAGCCGAUGCCUACACCCGAGAGAAAUUCAAACCCCAGGCCACUCGCGACUUAGAGAGGGAGAAGCAAAGGCUCCAAAAUAUCUUAGCAACUGGAAAGGACAUGGUGGAACAGAAGCCACAGCAGAAGCCAGUGCAGACAGAGGAAGAAAUACCUGAACCUGACCGGUUUGAAGAACUGGUGAAUGAAAUUCAGGAGCGGAAGGAAUUCCUGGCAGAGAUGGAGGCUCUGGGCCAGAGCAAGCAGUAUCGAGGGAUUGUCCUCACUGAAAUCUCACAGAAACUGCGGGAGAUGGAGAUCAUCGAUAAGAGGAGGAGUAAGGACAUGAGAAAGGCAAUGGCAAAAAUCCUCCCUGUGGGAAACAAAUCUGAUCCCAAUAGCUAGACCAAGACCAGACACCAGAGGAGACCAUUCCCACCCCUUCUUUAUUUGCCCUUCCAAUAGGGCUGGGCCUCCACCAUAAAAGGGUCACAGAACUGGUCUAUGCCUAUUCAUCUAAGGCAGAUCCUCUCGGAGGAAUGUCAGUAGCACCUGUUGCGUAAAUCCAAGAGGGCAGUAAAUGUUUAUGCAUAAUACAUAACAAGAGAAAAUCUUUGCAAAAUCCUAUCAACACUGACUAGUCUCCCUUCAGGCAGCUGUUUCACGGUUGGGUGAACUUGAUGGUUGGGGGAACCAAAUCAGGGAAUUAGCCUGGUUCCCUCCUCUGGAGGGACUAGGAGGAGAUGAAAAGACCUCAGCAUGCUCCAGUCGCCUCUGAAACAUGGUGACACAAGGUCUCUUUCCACCUAUGACACGUCUUAAGGUGUGAGAACAAAGCUGACCUGCACAACAGACACCCAGAAGGAAAAUCUCUCUCCCUUUUCCAUAUGGCCCAAACUCUGGGGAUUCUGGUUGUUUCUGUGAAAGCUGAAAAUUAAUGGGAUUGUUUACUUCCUCGUCACUGAUCCAUAUCAUCACUCAUGUCAGCACAGCCCUGGAAGCUGUGUCAGCUGCUGCUCCAGAGCAGGUGAGGGAGGAGCAACCACACUGCCUUACAUAAAUAUUAGCCUUGAUUUUAA